CCUCCUCCCCCGCGCCCUUCUGAACAACACCUUAACAUCAAGUUUUACUUAAACAGGAGGAUGAAGUUUGUAUUUGUGCUAUCGGUGAUGUUGUGUUACAGUUCAGCUCAGAGUGCUGAUUCAAGUGAGUAUAUUGUACAGUCCAACCUAUGUGAGUGACUACCUUUCGUAAGCGACCAUCUAACCAAAACACCAAAACUUUCCCAGUGAAGGCCUUACAGUUGGUACCUCUAGUAAACGACCACCUCCUGUAAGCGACUGCGACCACAUGCACAAUAUUGGUUUUAACCUCUUGUAAGCGACCUCUUCAUGGUCCUUCAAUGAGCAUUGUCUGAUCUCUAUUUUGGCAGUGUGAACUAUGCUAAUAGGAAUAUACGGAGAACUUUAGCAAAAUAUGGAACUACACACUUGCAAUAACUUAUCUUCCUUGAAAAAAGUUGUGUUCGGACAUCUCCUUAAGCGGCCAUUGAGUCUGCAUUUUUUGUGCUCCCCUAUGGGGGUUGGCAUGUAUUUUUAUCGCGCAGAAUAUACUAUACGCCCUUAUUUUUCUCCUGUCCGUCCACCCAAUCAGCUGACAUGGAGAAAACAGAAACCAAACAUCUGGUAACUUUUCUUGUUUAAGUUUUUUGGGGGCAAUUUCGUGAUCCAGCUAUCGUGUUCAAAACCUCAAUCACCCUAGGUCGGAUUUGAUUUCAGGUAAUGUCCUGUAAGUUUGCCACAUUGCAUUUUUAAACCAGUGGGAAAAUAGUGGGAUUUAGAUAAUUCGUUUAGUUUGUUAUGUCAUCUAAAACUUUCGUAAAAGCAAAGAACGUAGAAAAAAGAACAUUGAGGGCGAGUCCCUUAAGCUCUCUAUUGAUUAAGAGAACACAAGUCUACGUGUAAAGUUACAAUCUGAUUUAUAGGAUGUGGUUCUGUGGUAAACAACGCCUUGACAAGUCCUGGAUUUCCAACACUAUACCCAAAUAACAUGCACUGUGUGUACAACGUUUCCAUUCAAUCCGGAAAGGCGCUGAAAAUCAGUUUUUCAACUUUUUCCCUGGAACUACAUCCUCGAUGCCUGUAAGUAAUUUAACAAUAGACAGCUUUAGGUCACGUUUACGGCAAACGGCAAACGUCAGAUUCAAGUUGAGAAUAACUUAAAAAUAAAAAAAAAAUAGCAGGUAAAAACAGCUCAAAGCAAUUCUUAUGGGUAAAACUGGCGUGAAACAAUUCACUUUUUUGUAGAAGUAAUGAACAAUAAAGAUUAAGAAAAGGGAAAACUUGGUCACGUGGUACAGAUUCACUUUUGCCGUUUACUCAAGCAUGUUAAGGCAUGGCCUGAGGCUAAUUUGCAUAAAAUCUUAUAAUGGUCAUAACUUUGUGAAAAUUUAUCAGAACCUUCCAAAUUUGGCAACCUCGGAAAAAUCGGUAGCCUUAAUUUUCCUGUAACGUAAGAAAUCAGAUAUCUGUGUCACGUGACCACUUAUGGUCGAGUCCUGGAAAGAAAAGAAAACUAAAAAUGGGGUGGCGAGUUGCCACACAGUAUAUAUUAAAUACAGUAUUUUUGUUAUUGUAUCAUCAUUUCUCGCUUGAAUCUGGCCGGAAUGGGUUACUCACGUUUUUAUUUAAUUAGCAAUUAAGCAAAAUAGUGACGUGACACUUUUCACCUGUUAAUAUCUUUUUAAGAAAUUAAAAAUUCUCUCUGUUCCGGCCACGGAAAAAAUUCGUACGGUAAAACAAACAUUUACACGUGGUUCAAACUUAGUUGUAAUCAACCAUUCCCACCCCAUUUUGAAUUUCUUUUUGAAUAUCAUUAUGACGUCACGUUUCACGUGACUACAUCACUUCAACCCUAAUUAAUUCAACGCCUAGAUAGAAAGUUUCUACAAAGUUUUUUGCAACUUUAGAAUUAAAAUGCGUGGCCGUAGAAAAAAAACAGCUUUAUCUUCGCGGGGGGUCGAGAACAAAAAUUGAGCCAUGCCUUAACAUGCUUGAGUACAAUAAAGUUAACGUGUCUGAUGACAAUUCAAACAAUUGAAAACCACUCAGCUGACUCAGCUUUGGUAAGAGUAGACUAGGAACUUAACUUCAAGUGGUACUUGUUUCUCUAAAACGGAACAUUUUUACUGGUCAAAACAUACUAACGAAUUCCGACUUUCGUCUGUACGCUGCAAGUUAGCGGAUAUGUAUUAUUAGGCCUAGAAAUAAGGCAAAAUCAGGCUUCUAAAAACCCAGGCUUUCAGGUAAGUAUAUCCCGCCGGGUAAAACACCGACCAAUGAGAAUAGCCCUCUAAUUUUAAAAUAAAGAUAGACCUAGCUUUAGAAACUGAUAACACGAAGAAGAAUGUAAAACACACUGAUACUCUUUAAUUCUUAAAAGAAUUAAAGAGUAUCUGCCAGUAAAUUAGCGGUCUGGUCGAUAUGGCGUGGAAAAUAGAUUUCGCUCAUUUCUUGUGCGUUGAAAGACUUUCAUGUACCUGCACUUAACGGCCCCAAUCCGCUAGACUGUGUUUUUAAAACUCGAAUUUUUGAGACAAUUUUGGUUCACCCCAUCCAACGCUCGCGUUGCGCGGCUUAAUUCAAGGCUGAAAAUCAACAAAACUUUGAAUGUUGAUUUGGAAAGAAAUAGUAAUUAUUAGAUAAAAGAAAUAACACAAGAAGCCAUCAUAAUUCCUUUGACAUAACACAGCGUUUUCUGCCAACAUUAAGCACAAUUUAACGCCAUAGCAAGAUUUUAACGAUCCCCUUCCCGCACUGAUAGAUCAAGUGGAGCCAAACCAUCCCCCAAAUGGGUCCCAAAUGUUUCAUUUGCUCUCGGAUAAAAAAUUGAAGUAGAGUAACAUAGAUAGAAACCAUGAUAUUUUGUGAAAGAUUACUUCCGAAAAAAAUAUAAUUUCUACGAUUUCUCCGAUUCUUUCUUCUCCUAAAAUACUGCCUAAACAGUGCAUUCAUUAGUCAUUGACCAGGUGACAGCUUUUACUUCAUCAGUAUGGUAUUUCUGUUGUUUCGGCGCAGACGACUCUCUCUCGAAAUGUUCCAAGUGACAGAGAGCGAUGGAAGUCGGCUGUUUCGCAGCCUAAUGAACAAAAUUCAAACUAUUAUUCACAAAAUCGAAUGUUCGUUGCUGGUGCUCGUAGAUAGGCUCAAAAGGUGUAGAGACUUCUCACUGGCUAAACCUAGAUCUGACCAAUGAUAUGGUUUUCGAUCUGGAAAAUGCCAUAGCUUUUUUAAAAUCCAAAUUAAGACUUCACGCCUCAAGGUUUUUACGUGAGUUUAGAUGAGUGAAAUCCCUUUUACAGGCCUUUGUCAUCUGUAAGUAGGUCGAAAGCAAGAGAACAUAAAAACCUCUUAUUGAACAUUAAUUGGCUUUUGUAGACGACGGCAAUCCGACUGCUCGGGAGUGACUCAAGUGCAACAUAAGAUGAAGGAAUCUGAUCGGCGCACAGAAACGUUUGGAGCUUUCUUAACUCCACCAUAAAGCACGACUCGCACAUGAUUAGUUGAGGCAGGAGAACGUAAACGGCUUUUAUAUUCUCUUGGCGGUUAGGGUUAUUUCUAACAGUUUAACUGCCCUUGAAAAGUAAAAGACAUCUUUUUUUCCCUUGUAGGUAUGAUUAUUUGAGGAUUGUAGAUGAUGACAACAGACCACUUGGUACAUAUUGUGGGCGCGAACUUAGUGGAAAGGUAGUUUUGGUAAAAGGGAACUACGCAUUAAUAACAUUCCACUCUGAUGGUUUUGGUCAAUACCAGGAAUUCCAGCUCACGAUAUUAUUUACUGAAAAUGAUAUGUUCAAAUAA